CUUAACGAGAUAAAGUGCCAAAAACCAGAACCAAAUUACGUGACGGGAAUCGCCAUUUUCAAUUGGCCAAUAGUUGCUGUUCCAAUAUUCCAUCAUAUAACUGCAACUACCACUCGUCUGCGAGUCCAGCUUGGGGACGACUGGCCUUGUUGCCUCUGGGGCCAACCUGGCUAGGCAUAAGUUUCCCAUCACGGACCAAUGGUGAGAGCCUCCUUCAGUUUCGCCUCGGCUCUUCCUUGCUUCCGCAGCUUUGGCAGACCAAUCUCCGCCUUCCACGUCGGUCCCGCCACCAAGAGCCAAGUUACCAAAAUGUCAGCAAGCAGUGAUCACCACUCGUCGAUAGAAGUUAUAGCCGGCGCAGGUAACCUCUUCUUCCCGGUGCUUAAGACUGUUUCGUACGAUCCAUUCCCGCUGAUUGGCUGGAACCGCCACGUAGAGACGAUCUUCGCAGCGUUUUUUCGCUCCAUCCCCGACGUCAAGCUCCGUCGAGAGUGCCUCCGUACUAAGGACGACGGCGUCGUUGCCCUCGAUUGGGUCUCCGGUGAUGAUCGUCGCUUGCCCCUGGAGUCUCCGGUUCUUAUUUUGUUGCCAGGUUUAACGGGAGGGAGUCAGGAUUCAUAUGUGAGGCAUAUGUUGGUCAGAGCAAGAAGUAAAGGAUGGAGGGUUGUGGUGUUCAACAGCCGCGGUUGUGGAAAUAGCCCUGUUACCACUCCUCAGUUCUAUUCGGCUUCAUUCUUUGGAGAUAUGCACGAAGUAGUGGCACAUGUUUCCAAGAGGUACCCGAAAGCUAAUUUAUAUGCUGUUGGUUGGUCUCUUGGGGCGAAUGUACUUGUUCGUUAUCUGGGUCAGGAGUCUCAUACCAGCCCCCUUUCUGGUGCUGUCUCAUUAUGUAAUCCAUUCAAUUUGGUCAUUGCAGACGAGGACUUCCGCAAGGGCUUUAACAAUGUCUAUGAUAAAGCUCUUGCAAGAUCCCUCUGUAGAAUUUUCAAGAAGCAUGCUCUUCUCUUUGAAAACAUAAGUGGUGAAUUUAACAUCCCAUUAGCAGCAAAUGCCAAGACUGUCAAGGAGUUUGAUGAAGGCCUAACUCGGGUUUCAUUUGGCUUCAAGUCAGUGGAUGAAUACUACUCUAACUCAAGCAGCUCGGACUCCAUAAAGUUUGUCCGUACUCCUUUGCUUUGCAUUCAGGCUGCAAAUGAUCCAAUUGCUCCAGCUAGGGGAAUUCCUCGUGAAGAUAUCAAGGAAAAUCCAUAUUGCUUGUUGAUAGUGACACCGAAAGGUGGGCAUCUUGGGUGGGUUGCCGGUGCUGAAGCCCCACGGGGAGCUCCUUGGACAGAUACUGUUGUGAUGGAUUUUCUUGAGCAUCUGGAAAAGAGUCUCUCUAAAUCCCUUGUAGGUUAUAGGAAUUUGGAAGGCGUCCACAACUUAGAUAAGCUAGAAGUGUGUUAAAUGGCAAAUAGUAUUUAUAAGAACCACUGUUAGAAUUUCCGUCAUGUAAUUAUUGGCCAUCAUGACCCAAUAUGUAAUCAAGUUGAGAACAUUAGGCUAUUGUAAUAUCAUUCCUUGGGCCAGUUUGUCCCAUUAUUCUUGUAGCCUACGAGAGGGACUACAUUUCUAUGUAUCAUGAAUUCAUUAGUGAAAAUAGUUUAUGUAUUAAAGACGAGUUAAAUAUUUGAUUCACGGCAUUUAA